AUGGCCUCGGACGCCCCGUCCAGUUCGCCAGUCGAGCUGUACGACUCAACCAUGACCGUGCCCUCCGACUCAGAGAACUACUCAGCAAACAACGAGCUAUCAGACCAAUCAAGCACGGGCUCCCCCAUGAUCCUGUACAAGCCGCCGACCUUCUGGAGCGUUCUCCGCGGCGCCGCAAUCAACCUCUUUCUGCCGUUCGUGAACGGCCUAAUGCUGGGAUUCGGCGAGCUCUUUGCACAUGAGGCUGCUUUCCGGCUAGGAUGGACCAACACCAAGAUCUUCCCGACAUACCGCCGCACACAUCCCGUCGGCCCCGGUGUCGAAGUCCGGGAACUACCCUGGGAGCGGAAACGCAGUGCUCCGGCUGGUUUGAACGAUUCCGCGUCCCUAGAGUGA